AUCAAAAUGCACAUCACUAACCUCAUCCUCCCACUAUUCCUCACCAACAUCGCCCUCGCAGGCCCCAUCGAGGAACGAGCAACCCUCGUGGAAUGCAACAGCCAACAAAAACAAAUGAUGCAAGCUGCAGUGACACACGCCGGCCAGAUGGCCCAAAAAGCCGCCGCCAGCAUCAAAGCCAACAACGUCACCUCCCUCUUCCAGGGCUUCUUCAAAACAACCGACUCAACAUCCAUGAACCAUGUCGCCAAAAUUCUCGAGGAAAUCUCCGAUGAAGCAUCCAACCAGGGAGGCGGGCUGGUGUCGUAUUCAUGCCAGCCGGAUGGGUUGCAGUGCGCGCAGGGCUCGUUCACACAGACUGGGUAUGCGGAGACGGAUGGGUUCAGAGGCGAUGUGAGGACUUGUCCGGCGUAUUUCCAGCUUCCGCAGGUGUCGGAUGAUUGUGCGACGCUGGAUCAGAGGACGUCGAGUCUGCAUGAGUUGUCGCAUACCAAGGGUGUUCUUGGGUUUGAGGUGUAUGGGCACGACGCGGUGUUGAAGUUGGAUACGCAGACUGCGUUGAAAAAUGCGGAGAGUUAUGCUUUCUUUUCAAAGUCUGUCUAUCUUGGUUGUGAUGCUUCGGCUUCUUCAUCUGGUUUGGGCUCAUGGUUUCCAUGGUAGAAACAUGGGCGACAUAUACAAUAGAGACAUGAUUUAUAGAAAAGACAUUUAGACAAGACCCAUUGAAUAUAUCCAGCAAUUUCUAGCAUUGAGCACCCCGUCCACCUCUCACUUCAACAACCAAGUCCCUCAUCAGCUCAUUUUGGCUUGUUGCACAUGGAAACGAAAAGAGGAAUCUUCACUCCACACUUGCCCGAGCAGCAAUCGUCAUGCCUAUUACACAACGAGUAAGUAGGAAAGCAUGGUCCACCA